CGUAAAAUAUCUUUACGAAGAUGUUUUGAGUGAAGUAAAAUCGCUUCUAAAAAUAAAAAUCUAUCAUUUUUUUUUGACACAUUACAUUAUUUAUUGGAAACACUUGCAGAUAGAACAAACUACAGUAAAAGACAACUUCCUUCUAUGACGUCACCGGAAAUCAAAGGAAUUGUCAUCGAUCUGGGAGAGGUUUAUGAAAAUUAUCAGCUUCUUUUCAGUCAUGUCAAUUAGAUAGCGGUAAUACAUAUUGUUCGUUUCUACAAAAUAGUCUUCUGUGACUCGCUAAAAUGAACGGGCUAUCCUUUAGUGAGUUGUGUUGUUUGUUUUGUUGUCCGCCAUGUCCAUCCAGAAUUGCUGCGAAAUUGGCGUUUCUGCCUCCGGAUCCAACCUACUCACUGGUCCACGAUGAAGCAAACUCAAGAUACAGUUUUCAUCUCACAGACCGCGCCGAAUGGCAGUAUUCACAACGUGAACUGGACUUAAUAGAAGUCUUUCAAACUAGAACCUCAAAGGGGAAUAGGAUCUCGUGCAUGUACGCUAAGUGUUCACCCAAUGCACGGUACACAUUGUUAUUUAGUCAUGGAAAUGCUGUUGAUCUGGGGCAAAUGAGCAGCUUCUACAUUGGACUUGGAACCCGAAUAAAUUGUAACAUUUUUAGCUAUGAUUAUUCAGGCUAUGGUACUAGUACAGGGAAGCCAUCAGAAAAAAAUCUGUAUGCAGACAUUGAUGCAGCUUGGCAGUCGCUUAGGUCAAGAUAUGGAAUUUGCCCUCAAAACAUUAUACUCUAUGGACAAAGUAUAGGGACAGUUCCCACUGUAGAUCUUGCCGCCCGAUAUGAGGUAGCUGCUGUUGUACUGCACUCUCCCUUAAUGUCAGGAAUGAGAGUGGCUUUCCCAGAAACAAAACGCACAUGGUUUUUUGAUGCAUUUCCAAGCAUUGACAAAGUACAGAAAAUAACAUCACCUGUGCUAGUGAUUCAUGGAACUGAAGAUGAAGUGAUAGAUUUCUCCCACGGCCUUGCAAUAUUUGAACGCUGCCCACGUACAGUUGAACCAUUGUGGGUAGAGGGAGCUGGACAUAACGAUGUGGAAUUGUUUGGGCCAUAUCUUGAGCGACUGAAACAGUUUGUGACUGUGGACUUGGCUGUCAACUGACGCCAGCAGACGGGAGAGGGUGGGGAUUGUAACAAUGCAACUGUUGCCCAGUUAGAUUUGGUCACGGAGCUGGAAACACUUUUGUGAUGCAGCUAUUGCAGCAAAGCCGGGCCGUGUCCUUAUCAACUGUGAAUAAAUUACUACCAGUAUCAAUGAUUUUUAUGUCCCCCUUUAUAGUAGUGGGGGACAUAUUGUUUUUGCCCUGUCUGUUGGUCUGUUUGCGCCAACUUUAACAUUUUGCAAUAACUUUUGCUAUAUUGAAGAUAGCAACUUCAUAUUUGGCAUGCAUGUGUAUCUCAUAAAGCUGCACAUUUUGAGUGGUGAAAGGUCAAGGUCAAGGUCAGAGGUCAAAUAUAUGUGGCCAAAAUCGCUAAUUUUAUGAAUACUUUUGCAAUAUUGAAGAUAGCAACUUGAUAUUUGGCAUGCAUGUGUAUCUCAUGGAGCUGCACAUUUUGAGUGGUGAAAGGUCAAGGUCAUCCUUCAAGGUCAGAGUUCAAAUAUAUGUGGCCCAAAUCGCUUAUUUUAUAAAUACUUUUGCAAUAUUGAAGAUAGCAACUUGAUAUUUGGCAUGCAUGUGCAUCUCAUGGAGCUGCACAUUUUGAGUGGUGAAAUGUCAAGGUCAAGGUCAUCCUUUAAGGUCAGAGGUCAAAUAUAUGUGGCCCAAAUCGCUUAUUUUAUGAAUACUUUUGCAAUAUUGAAGAUAGCAACUUGAUAUUUGGCAUGCAUGUGUAUCUCAUGGAGCUGCACAUUUUGAGUGGUGAAAGGUCAAGGUCAAGGUUAUCCUUCACAAGGUCAAGGUCAUCCUUCAAGGUCAUACGUCAUAUAGGGGGACAUUGUGUUUCACAAACACAUCUUGUUGCUAUAGUUACUAUAGUGAAUAAUCAUUAAGUCACUGAGUCUCACUCAGUUGAAUAUUUAAUUUUCUUGGUAUAUUUUUAUACUUGUACUUGGUAUGUGUAAAAAUUGCAAAAUAAGAACAUUUUUGUUUGUACUGGUGUAACUAUUUGCUAUUUGUUAUUUUAAAAAAACUUGCAUCGAGUUGUUAGAAAAUUUUAUUUAUUAUUUUGACAGCUUUUUGGGGUUAAUUAAAAUUUAAUUGUGUUAAA